AAAAAGAAAAGAAAAAAUGAAUUUCUUAGUGAAUGCUGUGAAAUUGUACUUCAAUAGGAAUUGGACAAGAAAAGACUUGAUGAGUUCUGCACCAAUUCCCCAGCACGCUCGCACAAGCUUGCAAAAGGUGUAUCUUACUCUCCUCUGUGCCAUGUCUGCUGCUGCUUGUGGAUCUCACUUGCACUUGAUCGGGGAAGCAGGGGGGCUGUUCACAGUCCUUUCUUCUGAAGCAAGUUUACUCUGGCUUUACCAUACACCACCAUGGAGAGUGCGAAAGAGGGUUGUGCUCUUGAUGUAUACUGCAUUUUGCGUCGGUGCUUCUGUUGGCCCUUUUACCAAGUACUUCUUCGAAAUCGAUCAAAGCGCUGUCGUUAGAUUUUUGAAAGGUGCAGCAAUUGUCUUUGGAAGUUUCUUGCUUGCAGCCAUGGAAGAAAGGGAAAGGAGCCAAAUCUACAUCACUGGCCUGAUUCACACUUGUAGUCUAAUGCAUCUGUCAUUUGGCAUUUCUCAGUGGACGUUAAAGGCAUACGUUCUGCUGUCAUUGUUCAUGGGGUACCUUGUGGUAUAUUGCCAAGAGAUACUGUACGAUGCUCGAUUUGGAGAAAUUGACUUUGUCAAUUGCACAUUUACCGUCUUCCUACAUUUACCGGCUAUAGUGGUCCAUGUUGUAAGACUCUGCGUGGGUGCAAACAUUGAGCAACGCAGACAGAAUUAAUGCUGAUAC